AUGAGAAUGCUGAUCCGACACUGCAAACUGCUUGUUCAAUUUGUGAAAUCUAACAAGUCGCAAUUGUUCAAGACUUACGCUUUGGUUCCAAUCGGGGUUUUACUGACUCUAUGUUUAUUGUAUGGCGUUGACCGACUGAUCAGAAAUGUGAUUAAGGUCACCUUCCCUUCGAGUGUCGCUGUUAUGCUCAUCAAUUUUGGCCUCAUGUGUUGUUUGAGUUGUUGGCGUAGACCAUACGCCGACUUGUACGUCAAGAUCAUUGAUGUUCCACUGAGCUGGAGCUUGCGGUGGAUGAAUCUGUUUUUCACCCCGGCGUUCGUGGUUCUACCGCUAAGUCAAUGGAUAUCUUGGCAAGAGGCGUUGCUGAUAGCUGCUGUUUUUGUCAUAGGAUAUGUGUUAACGUUCAUGGUACUGGCAUACAUUACCAUCUUAGGUCAGAAACUUGUUGGGAGUCGCAAGUUUACCAGUCUUUUUGCCAGACAGGAAGAAAUCGGCAAUGGAAUGGAGGUUGGAUCCUCUUUUUCGCGCGUCCCCACUGCCCACAAUGUAACCCCCAGCGACAACCCAUUGAGUCCAGCAGCACCGUUCAGUAGUGGCGUUGACCAUGAUUGUGAUCAGCUAGAACCGGAUGCUGGGUUAUCCGACAUCGCCAGCAAUACGGGGCUCGAGUCUCGAGCAUCGCACGCAGAGCCAAAUGGGGCACACCACGAGCCUUCUAGGCCCUCGACCGUCGUUCAAAUGACUGCUUCGAACUCAUUACAUCCGAGCUACACAAGAGCGACAGACAAUGUUUCCGGCCCAGUCAGAAGACUACAUAUUCGGACUCCAGAGCCCACCUACUCCAACAAGAGCGUGUCCACCGCAGCCACAGAAGGAGAGAAAAAUUCUCCUAUCUGUCAACGGGCUCUAACGUGCCAACUCCCAGCGGACUUUAGCGAUGAAAUGGACAAAAUUUAUGCCAUCAACGUGUGGCGAGCCCAUUUACAUCACAUUUUGUAUGGGAUAGGAUUUAUCACAAGCAUCUUCACCUACUAUUUUAGCUGGUAUGUGAUGCCCUUUCAGUUCUUUACAGCGGUCUGCACCUUCAUGUUCAUUGUGGACAACCCGUUCAUCAAAAACCCAAUGCUCAAGAAGCUUGUACACCCUGUGAUCGCGUCUGUUGCCCUAACAUGGGUGCUUCUCCUAAUAUCAGCGAUGAUCAAGCACCGGCAUAUCAAGUACUUUCUGGAUGAUUUGACGAGCUAUAAGAGUGGACGAACGUAUUUGCGACUCUUUGACAACGCCGCAUACACCAACCAUACCUGGCCUGGCGCCGGCGACGUCUUCGCGACGUGCAUGGACGUUUCAAUCGUCGGACUCUCCUUACCGAUGUAUGCGCAUCGCUACGAUCUUCGCCGCCACUUUUUAAGCAUGAUACCUCCUAUCCUGUUGCUGUGCGCGGGGUCGUUGAUACUCUACCCAUUGAUAUGCUACCAUAUCGGAAUCUCUAGCGAGAUGUCCAUUGGCUUUAUAGGCCGCAGCAUUACUCUGGCAUUAGGAACGCCAACAAUUCAAAAUCUCGAAGGCUCGGUGACGAUUAUGGCAGUCACCACGGUUGUCAGUGGCAUCAUGGGCGUUUUGACCGGCGGCCCACUCUUGGAUUUAUUAAGAGUUCCUGAGGACGACUACGUUACUCGUGGGCUAACUCUAGGGUGCAAUUGUGGCGCCAUUGCUACUGCAUAUCUCCUGGGCGUCGAUAGACGGGCUGCUGCUAUCAGCACGCUGUCUUUCUCCUUAUUUGGUGCCUUUAUGGUUAUUUUGAGCGCCGUCAGCAAAAUCAAAGGCUUUGUUCAAGGACUUGUCCACUUUUGA